GGUGUUUAUUUUGAAAAAUAUGUGAGCGACCCCGGAAGUACUUAUUUUUGCAAAUUUCGUAACGCUACGGCUGUCCAAAAAUAUUUGGCUGCCUGGUAACUGGCGUCUUGCUAAAAAUCAACGCCACACGCGAAAAUGAGUGGUGUGAACCAAAUGACUUUGUUCCAGACGUGGGGAGCAUCUGUUCCGCAAAAGAUUAGUCAAACGAAUAAUGUAAAGAAGUCUUCCGGACGACGAAAAGCAACGCAAAACAGCAGGGGCAGCACAGCAGCCUCAGUCAAGACUCAGAAAAGGGCGACUGGUAUAACUUUGCCGCCCCCGGCGCCCCGUAACACGCUAUGGGGUGAAUUUGAUCAGGGGUCCACAGCUGCCAGCGAGGUGAGAGAUUUCGAGGAGGUUGUUGCUGCUGCUGAUGAAGAUGAUGAUGAUUUAAUGGUAGUUGCUGUUUAUGAGGCGGAAAAGUCUUUGCAAAUUGAUGGAAACCUUGGACAACAUAGUGAACACACAACAAAUGUUGAGAGCACUUGUCUCACACAGAUAAGCUCAAGUGGAUCAACAUAUUACAAAGACUUCCCUGGCCUUGACAGCUCCUCUGCAAAGGUAUGGAUCUACCCCACCAACUAUCCCUUAAGGGACUACCAACUAAAGAUAUCAGAGGCAGCUUUAUUUCAGAAUACGCUGGUAUGCCUCCCCACUGGCCUGGGCAAGACUUUCAUUGCUGCUGUGGUAAUGUACAACUUUUAUCGAUGGUAUCCAUCUGGAAAGAUAGUUUUCAUGGCACCAACAAAACCACUGGUGGCACAACAAAUAGAAGCGUGCUACAAAGUGAUGGGUAUUCCACAGACACACAUGGCAGAGUUGACAGGGAGCACGCAGGCUCAGCAGAGGCAGGAACUGUGGAGGUCCAGGCGCAUCUUCUUCCUCACUCCCCAGGUGUUGGUGAACGACCUGUCUCGAGCCACCUGCCCCGCGCUGCACGUCAAGUGUGUGGUGAUUGACGAGGCUCACAAGGCCCUGGGGAAUCAUGCCUAUUGCCAGGUGGUGAGACAGUUGGGGAGCCAGACUCAACAGUUUCGCAUCCUGGCACUCAGCGCCACGCCAGGUGGAGACACAAAUUCAGUGCAGCAAGUCAUAUCCAACCUGCUGAUCUCCCACAUUGAGCUGCGGUCUGAAGAGAGCCCUGACAUCCAGGCCCACUCCCACCAGCGCAGUCUGGAGAAGGUGGUGGUUCCCUUGGGGGAGUCGCUGGCCGGGCACCAGGCCCUCUACCUACAGGUACUGGAACGGUUCACGGGCCGUCUGAUCCAGAACAGGGCGAUGUCUCACCGCGACUUGCGCUCCCUCACCAAGUACCAGCUCAUCCUGGCCCGGGAACAGUUCCGCAAGAACCCUCCGCCCCACGUCACGGGGGCUCAGCAAGGGGCUCUGGAGGGGGACUUUGCCCUGUGUAUCAGCCUGUACCAUGGCUACGAGCUGCUGCUCCAAAUGGGCCUUCGCUCCCUCUUCUUCUUUGUCCAGGGCAUCAUGGAUGGCACCAAAGAGAAGUCUCGAGCCAGGAACGAGCUACAGCGCAACGCCACCUUCAUGGACCUGUACCAGGAGAUGGCGGCCAUGUUUGGAAAGCCCACCGGCCCCGAGGAGCCCUUCAUCUACAGCCACCCCAAACUGCAGAAGCUUGAGGAGGUAGUGCUCGGGCACUUUAAAAUAUGGGCUGAGAGCUCCAGCACUGGCUCUGGGCCCCAGGAAGUGAGCACACGCGUGAUGAUCUUUUCGUCGUUCCGGGAGAGUGUGCAGGAGAUUGCCGCCAUGUUAAAUCGCCACCUGCCCCUGGUCAAAGUCAUGACCUUUAUGGGCCAGGCCUCGGCAGGGAAGGGGAUCAAAGGGUUCACCCAGAAGGAGCAGCUGGAGGUGAUGCAGAGGUUUCGGGAGGGGGGCUUCAACACCCUGGUGUCCACCUGCGUGGGCGAGGAGGGGCUGGACAUCGGCGAGGUGGACCUCAUCGUGUGCUUCGACGCCCAGAAGAGUCCCAUCCGCCUGGUUCAGCGCAUGGGCCGCACCGGACGCAAACGCCAGGGCCGCAUAGUGGUCAUCUUGGCCGAGGGACGAGAGGAGAGAACCUACAACCAGAGCCAGAGCAACAAGCGCAGGGUGUACAAGUCUAUCGUGGGGAACAGCCACAGUUUCCACAUGUUCCCCCACAACCCCCGCAUGCUGCCCGACGGGGUGCAUCCCGCCCUGCACAAGAUGCACAUCACCUGUGGCCAGUUUGACCACCGGGAAAGCAGCGGGCGGCUCGCCGGGGGUUGGAGGGGGCGCAGGUCCCACUCCUUGGAGGGCCAACGUGAGUCCCUUAUUCUUCCGCAUGAUCUAGUCGGGCACCAGGAGAGUGUGAAGAAGGAUGGCUUCCUUAGCCCCUCUGAGCUCACUCACUGGGAGUCUACGAUGAAACUGGGGGAGGGGGAGGCUCCACCCAUUCUAAGACGGUCCCGCUUCCUCUCAAAACAGGAAGGCUCGCCACCUCGGGUGGAGCUGCUCUCCAGCGGGCCAACAAGGGAGCUGUCUCUGUGGGAGUGGAGACACUGGCAGAACCAGCCCUUCCCCACUCACAUUGUGAACCACUCCAACCGCUGCCACCACUUCACCAAGGUCAUGGAUCUCAUUGACGGCCUGCGCCAGGAAGAGGGUGAAAGCAGAUAUGAGUUGGAGCUGCUGCCCCACCUCCACAAAGCAGAUGUCAUAGGCCUCACGGAGGAAGCACAGCAGGAAAAGUCCACCAAAGGAAAGAAGCAGAAAGAGGGAAAAAUGACAAAAUCCAGAACCAAAAUGGCCAACCUGAGCCACAAGCAGAAGACUUCCUGCCUUUCCUCAGCUGACCUAGACCGUGUAGAACUCAAAAAGGAAGUGCAGAGGGAAAGCAUUUCUAAAGCAGAGACAACCUUAGUCUCUCCAUGGACCCUGAUAAAAAACAGAGUCCCUUCAGAAUGUCACAAGGAGGUGACUCAUGACCUCAGAGAUCACCCAGGCCUCUGGCCACUCUCCUCCACAGGUGACCAGCCUAUCAUGGACAUGGAUUUUGACUGUAUCAUACUCAACAACGAGAGUGAAGGUUCAGAGGUCAAUUCUCCAAGGGAUUUGGAGAGCGAAUCAGUGAACUGCAUUGCUGCUGUAGAACAGAUUGAACUCAAUCAGUUGACCUCAAUUGCAGACCGUGAACCCAAGUCAGAUGAAGAUUCUGAACUGGAGGCUUUGUUUUACUUGCCCAAAUGGGAUGCUGCUGUCCCCAAGUUGCAGCCCCUGAGACAGAAGUUAGAGAGCUUGAGGGUCAUUCUAGUCAACGUGACAGAGCUUCUGUCUAGGUCUCCUCCAGCUUUGCACUUUGACCUGGACAGCCCUCAGUUUGACCCUGGGCCCACCCCCUUCACCACCAAGGACUGUUUACAUACACUUCCGGUUGAACCUCUGGAUGAACUCCUGGAUGUAGGUCAGACAUUUCACGUGAAUUUCUCCCUGGAAGUGGAUGAGGACUUUGCCGAUCCUGCUUCUCAAUCUCCCAAUGUUGAUUUAGACGUUGGUUCUCUAGACUGUGAAAGCCAUUGCGACCCACCUCAUCAGCAGCACUCCGCUUCAUCGCCCAUUACUGUGCCAGCAGAAAGCAUGGGUAGGGAAAGUGCCCUUGGCAGCCCUAGCUGGGAUGAGGUCUUCGAGGAUGACAGCAAUGACAUAAAGGAGGAUGAUAUGGAUGAUAAAGCGGACUUCAAGCCACCAUGUCAUCCCACUCAGCCUAAAGCCCAGCACUCUAAAACAAACCUGGACGAGAGCAUGGACCUGUUUGGAGAUGACCACCUCCAGAUGACCAUUCCGGACAUCCCUACGCCAGGGAACGUCAGUAUCCGAAUACCUAGCCCCCUGAAGGCUCCGGAGAGGGAAUGGUUAAUAGGGUCAAGUAAAAGUGUGACAGAAACAACGAUGGUGUAUCAGGUCAAACCUAGUCGUAGCCAUGCUUCUCCUGUAGCGCAGCAGGAACCUGCUCAGGACUUUGAGAACUUUGUCUGUUCUCAGGAUUUGUUCUCUGUCAACUUUGAUUUGGGCUGGGAGGAGGAUGAAGGGGACACAGAGGCUGCUCCUAGUCCAUUCCCCUCAAAACCUUCACCCCCUGGGUCCAAAAAACAGGAAGCACCCCUUUCUUCCACAGUGAAUGAGCCAAAACUCUCUGGCUCAUCCACUCCCCACUUUAGUUUCCAUAGGAUGUGCGUGUCCACACCCCUGGCAGCCUGUCUGGGAAGGAAGAGGGCAGACACCUCUGCUCUGGCUUCGCCUCAGACCUCUCCUCUGACCUCCAAGAGCGGAGCUCUGUUCUCACCAAUCCCCACAUUAGGACCAAGGCGAGUUCUCCUGCCUGGUCCUUCCACCACCCCAUCCACUUCAUUCUCAUUCUUAAAGAGGAAAUGCCAGGGGACCUUACAGAAUGCCCAGACUCCCAAAGCUCAGGUGGGGGACCCAGGAAAUGGUUCAAUAGAGAUGGGACACAGUUUGUCUGACAAAUCCAUCUUGGACCCCCCUCAUCCAGGCCUGUGCUCCAGUGACAGUGAGGAGGAGGUUAUCACCCGUAAGCGGGUUCAUCAUCAUGUCAAGGCAAACCCCUUGUCUUCUCCCGUGUCAAUGCUUCUCAGUGAUGUGGAUUCUCCUUUACAAGUGACCAGGAAGUCGAAGCAUGCGGUGGCACGCAUUUCAGAUGAGAGCGAGGGGGAGCCCCCCCGCGUGGCUGUGAAACCAUCCGCGUCGCAUGGGAAAGCUGAGCAGGCCGUGCGGCACCACCACCGAGAAGCCCGUCACUUUCUGGACGAGGAGGCGGUGCUGUCCGAGGGGGAGGAGGUGUCAUCUGACGAAGAGGACGGUGAAGAGCAGAACCGCUCACUGGAGGGCUUCGUUGUGAGCAACACCCAGUGCUCCCAGGGAAUCAACGAUUCUGAGAUGCAGGGGGUUUACCUAAAGUCAGUGAGAAGCCCUGCUGUGGCUGGCAAAUUCAAAAUGAUCUACAAGCAAAACCACAACAUGGACAUCUUCUCUCAGAUGCCUGAGCUGGACGAGACAUACGCGGAGGACAGCUUUGUGGUGAGGGGCAGUGAUGAGGAAGAGCUCGGCGAGGAGGAUGAGGAGGUCCCAUUGGAACUUAUCUACGAGGACUCCUUCGUGGAGGGGAGGAGGCAGUACCCCACCAGACGCAAGGCGCUGAUCCGAAACAUCAGGGCUCAGGCUGGGAGCGGGCCUGCCACUCUGGACAAGAGGGCUGCUGACCCUCAACCUAAUCCUGCUGGGAAAAACAAGCGCUCCCGCAUAGUGCAUUUGGUGGACUCCAGCUCGGAAGAAGAAGUGGAGAAAAGUAGAAAUAGUGUGAAAGCUGAAGGUGUUGCUGCCGUCUGCAGGGUAACUGAGUUACAGCAACAGAAUGACUGGGUGUUUAAAGCUCCACGGCAGCAGAUGCCCCCUGGUGGAUCCACCAGAGCCUCCACAGCGAGCUGUGUGGUGGGGCCUAGAGUCCUCAGUGGAGCCAGGUCCUCCUCUAUGAACUCUGUGAUGGAGCCUAGCGCCCCAAGUGCAACCAGCAGGACCUCCUCAGUGAGCUCCGUGAGGGAACCUAGAGAGGAGCAGCAAGAAGACGGGUGUCGCCAGAGGCUCCAUCAGCAGGCCCUCCUGUCUGAGGAGCUGGACUUUGAGCAGUCGGAGUCUCUGUUGCUCUCAAGUAAACAGCCACAGGCUACCUCCUCCACGUCCUCAGCACCCCAUGUCCAGAGCUCCUUCGGUCAGGCUGCCACUCUAAGCAAGCCCCCUGCCUCGUCAUCGAACCCAUCAGGCCUUGUCGCUGUACUGGUGGAUAGCCGCUGUAUCACAGCCUGCGUGGAUGUGGUCUCCAGCCUGCGCCAGCGUUGCGCUGUCGCGGCCCACGUGUGCUCGCUGGCUGGCUGCGACUUCGUGGUCAGUAACCGCAUGGCGGUCGAGAGGCAGUGCCAGUCGGAGCUGGCCGGGAUGCCGAACCGCAAACGGCUUGUGGAGAGGGUGACCAGUUUGCAGAGCCUAUUUGAGCGGGUCUGUCUCAUCGUAGAGAAGGACCGCACCAAACCAAGUGAAGCUUCCCGUCCUUUCCAACCUACACGCUACUACGACAGCACACUGGCCAGUUUGGUGAGGGCAGGCGUCCGACUCCUGGUGAGUAGGGGGCCUGAGGAGAGCGCCACCCUACUGGCUGAACUGGCCCGAGUGGAGCAGAGGAAGGGCCAGGCUAUUAGCGUGCCAUUAGAGGUCAAAGGUCACCGGCAGCAGGCGCUACUCUUCUACCGAACGCUGCCCUGUGUCAGCUAUGUCAAUGCCCUCAACAUGAGCCACAGCUUCAGAUCGGUGGGCCACCUGGUCAACAGCUCUAUCGAGGCUUUACAGAAGGGGGCGUGUGUGAGCCGCCCCAGAGCCGAGGAGAUCUACCGCUGCCUACGCUACUCCUGUGACACCACCCUGAUGACUACAAACACACCCGGGAAGAACAACCUUUAGCCAGUCAUCACUGCUUAAAUCUCCAUUGACACUGAUCUACGGUCAGGGUGGCCCUUUUCCCUCCUAAUGGUUACCGGUUAGGAUUUUGGGAGAGUAUACCGAUCCUAGAUCUGUGCCUCAAGGACAAUUUACAAUCUUGCUCUUAAACAGGACCUCUAAUGGCAUCAUGGCCUUGAAUUGUGUUCAUUAGUCACCAAAUGGAAUAAAGAAUACUGAAUAAGGGAUGGUCUACCUGGACUUCACCUUCGUUCCCCAUUACAAAAUGAGUAUUUCUUGCACAUUUGAAAUAAGACUUGAUAACGGACACUAAGGUGAAUGUACGGUAUGAUGAAUGCAAGUUGUAAGUACUCCUAUGUAAAAUGUAUAAGUGCAUUUCUGUUUUGUUGAACAAAUAUUUUCAGUUAUUACAAUUUCUGUUCAAAUAAUGGAGUAAUAUCUUUGUGUUCAUAUUUUGUAAAGAGAUCAAAUAUAAGGUUUUGAUUGCAGGAAUAAAAAUUCACAAUGUUUCUGUAACAAAAUCAAAUUCACAAUGAAAUCAGAGGUAUUUGUUAUUUGUUUACGGUCAUUUGAUUCGGUCAAAACACAUUGACAGAUAUUAUCGCCCAAGAAUACAAAAUGUCUGUCUAGUCGCUUCGCAUUGCUGAGUCUGGCAAGACUAGUCUGUCUGAACCACAAGGGUUCACCCUUUCAUUACAUAAAGAAGACAUAACGACAGAGUAGG